CUGUGAUGAGACACUUUGAUGAAGACAGCAGUUUAAGCUGCGCUUCUCAUAGGAACUUCUGCAAUCUUUAAUACUUUAAUUCAUUUAAACAGAAACUCUCAACAAGCAGCAGGUCAACAAUCAUCCAGUUAUAACUGCAUUUUGAACAAAUGCGUUACACAUUUAAGCCAGAUGACUGUAUGGUCAUCACUAUCCCACUGGGAAAACUUCGGAAUGUCGGAGACGGUCAGCUGAUGCCGGAGAAAUUCACCUGCGUCUUCAAAGAUGCCUACAAGGUUUUUCUCAAAGGACGACCAAAGGAACUUGGGGCAGCACAGUUCAGUAUCGGGGUGUUUGUUAUUUGUGUUGGUGUCCUCAUGACAAUUCAAUAUAACUCAAAUCAUUUAAUCUACGCCUUACCCAGCGCCCUGUUUGUUGCAGCCGGUAUAUUGAGCUGUGCAGCUGGUAGUUCACCUGUGAUGCCCGUGGUCAAACUGUCGUUUAUAUUCAACAUUGUGUGUAUCUUCUGGGCUCUUGCUGCUAUUGUUAUUUGCAUAAUAGUACCUUCAUUCUCACCGUAUUCAUCAGAGCAAAGAGGUAAUAUGUUCACUGGGCUACAGAUUGUUGUGAGCGUCUUGUGUGGAUUUGAGUUGAUUCUGGCUGUUGUCCUGAUCUACUGGGGAAGUAAAGCCGUCUGCAGACCUCAUUUCAAUACUCUGCCUUUGAUCACUAUCAAGCAGGAUGCUUAAACGGAUGUUUGAAUUUUGAGAAGAUUUUCUCUGUAUAGGGUUUUUUUAUUUAACCCUAACCCUAACUUUUUUAGUACUAGUUAACUGGUAGAGUAUUGUAUAAUUACGCUGUAAAUGCCAAGACGAUGAGUUUAAUUCUCAGAGACUGCAUACAUGAAAUGUAUAUCUUGAAUGCGCUGUACAUUGCUUUGAAUUAAAGCAUGCAAAUGUAUCUGUACUGUCAGAAAAAAGGUUUACAAAUCGACCUUUUCUGCUGCUGGGGUGAGCUGUACUAAACAUAGUACAAUGCUGUACAUUUUUGGAUACAUUACUGUACGUUAAUGCUCUAUUGUGUAUCUUUAGUUAACUGUUUAAUACCCCUAAAAUUUGACUGGUACAAAAUUGUUUCUUAAGGUACACAAUAGGUCCUGAGGGUAUAACAUUGUAAGGUGAAACAUUUCAAUGUGUUGUAUAACCAUAAAGAUACAAAAAUAAUCCUUUGAGUUGAGUUUACCACACCAGCGGCAUUAAAGGUAAAGUCUAAAACCUUUUUUCUGACAAUGUAGCCAUGAUUGAAUUAUUUGAGCAGUGUGCUUUAUUUAAAAGUUUUUUUUUAUCAUCUGUUUGUGAAGAUAUCUGUCUAAUAUCAAUAACUUUUAUUAAAAUCACCAUCUGCUUUAUGUG